AUGUGUCUAGAAACACUAUAUGGUUUCGUUGAUACACUGGCUCAACCAGAUGUUCAGCAACCUUCCUCUUUACCAAUAUUUCAAGAGCCAAUGUGCUUGAUAAGCACUUCAGAGGAUGGAAAACUGCAAGUUGAGCAGGGACCCUUGAAGCAGAUAGAACAGAUAGAUGCACCAUUGGUUACGGUAGCGAUAGCGGGGAUGUACCGUACUGGAAAAUCCUACCUUUUGAAUCGGUUGGCUGGUUCAAGCACAGGAUUUCCUCUGGGAAAAACAAUAGAGUCUAAAACCAAAGGAAUUUGGGUAUGGUGCAGAGAACAUCCCAAGAAACCAAACACGGUCCUGCUGCUGUUGGAUACAGAGGGUCUUGGAGAUUUGGAAAAGGGUGACAAUGGCCACGAUAACAGAAUUUUUACAAUGGCAGCUUUGUUAAGCAAUGUGCUCGUGUAUAACAUGAUGUCAGCCUUCAACCAGGACGCUGUUGAAAAGAUUACUAAUGCCAAGGACGGUACUAAUGAUGAACAGUUUGGACUGAUCCUACCAACGUUUGUCCUAUGUCUACGUGAUUUCAGUCUUGUUCUGGAAAAAGAUGGGGUAGAGAUAACACCUGACGAAUACCUGGAAGAUAGCCUACAACUUAAGUGUGGGAAUGACAUUUCUGUUAGAAAGUACAACAGACCUAGAGAAUGCAUCAGAAAAUAUUUCCCUAAACGCAAAUGCUUCGUUUUCGACAGACCCGGUGAUAGAAAAACUAUGCAUGAACUGGAAUCAGUACCUCUUGAAAAAUUAUCCGAGUCCUUUAUCGAAGAGACAGAACUCUUUUUAGAGUAUAUGUACACCUGUAGCCCAAAAGUUUUGAUCAGCAGUAAAGCAGUGAACGGGAGAAUGUUUGCCUCACUGGUUGAAAGCUACAUAAAUGCUAUUAGAAAUGGGGCGGUUCCAGAUGUUGAUGACGCAAUUAUGGUUGUGGCAAAUACCGAAAACGAGAGAAUGGCAUCCGAAGCAGUGCAAAUAUUUAAGAAAAAGAUAGAACUGAUUAAACCACCAAUUCUACACACUAACAAACUUGAGGACCUAUACCGAGACAUGCAGACAGCUGCUUUAGCAAAUUUUAGAAUGGAGUCGAUGUUCAAUGCUGAAAAGUUUGAGAAGCAAGCAGUGUCAGAGAUGGAUGAACUGUGGGAGAAAAUUAAGACGGAAAAUCUGCAGUUAGUUCGGGAACAUUUUGAAAGUAUAUUGCAAGCACUGUAUUAUAAGAAAAUAGGAGAAAAGAUGAGUCGGGGCGAAUACAAAGUGGCAGGUGGCUAUCCACUGUACAAACUGGACCUCGAAGCUGUCAAGAAGGACUACAUGGCUAAUGUUAAAGGCAUUGAUGGAUAUGAGGCACAACAAGUGCUGAUAAUGUUCAUGGACAAUGAAGCCGAAAUUGAAAGUAAUGUCAUGUUGGAUGACCAGAAAAUGACAGAAGAAGAUAGACAGAGUAAAUAUUCAUAG